UCACGAGUGGGCAGAGUGUGUGUGAGGCCGGGCUUCCCCGGUCAGCCCCCUCCCCGGGGCGCUGUUGAUUCAUCAGGCUGCCCAUUGAUCCGCGUGCAUUGACUUGUAUGUCUCGCUCCCCGCGCCGGCGGCUGCUGCUCCUGCCGCUGCCGCCCGAGCGAGCCCCGUGUCUCCCGUCGCGUGGCUGAGCUCCACCAAACAUGUCGGCUCCUGUCGGGCCGCGGGGCGGCCCUGCUCCUCCUCAGCCUCCUCCACCUCAGGCCCCGCAGUCGGAGAUGCCCGACCUCAGCCACCUCACGGAGGAAGAGCGGAAGAUCAUCCUGGCCGUCAUGGAGCGGCAGAAGAAGGAGGAAGAGAAGGAGCAGUCCGUGCUCAAGAAAUUGCAUCAACAAUUUGAAAUGUAUAAGGAGCAGGUGAAGAAGAUGGGUGAAGAAUCACAGCAGCAGCAGGAGCAGAAGAGUGAUGCCCCCACAUGUGGUAUCUGCCACAAAACAAAAUUUGCUGAUGGCUGUGGCCAUAACUGUUCAUAUUGCCAAACUAAAUUCUGUGCUCGUUGCGGAGGAAGAGUGUCUUUACGCUCAAAUAAGGAGGAUAAAGUGGUAAUGUGGGUAUGUAACUUGUGCCGAAAACAACAAGAAAUCCUCACAAAAUCAGGAGCCUGGUUCUACAACAGUGGAUCAAAUACACCACAGCAGCUGGAUCAAGAACGUAUUAGAGGGUUGCGGAACGAGGAAGCACCUCAGGAGAAAAAAGCAAAGCUGCAGGAACAGUCCCAGUACCAAGGACCCUCAGGUGACACAUCCACACCAGCUUUGGACAAAAAUAGACCUCAAGUGCUCACAAGACAAGACUCAAUUAAAAAUGGUUCAGGAGUGAAGCACCAGGUUGCAAGUGACACAACUUCAGACAGGAAAAGAAGCCCAUCAGUAUCAAGAGAUCAGAACAGAAGAUACGACCAAAGGGACGAGAGAGACGAAUAUUCACAGCAUGCUACAUCAGACAGUGCAAUGCCAAGGUCACCAUCAGAUUAUACAGAUAGGCGAUCACAGCGAGGGUCUCAGCUGUAUGAAGAACCUGAACUUGGUGACUACAGAGAUUCUAACAGAAGAAGUCGCAGACAUUCCAAAGAGUAUUCUGUAGAGGAAGAUGAGGUGCAGAACAGAGAGGAAUAUGAGAGGCAGAGGCGAGAAGAGGAGUACCAGGCACGAUACCGAAGUGAUCCUAAUUUGGCUCGUUAUCCUGUCAAACCACAACCAUAUGAGGAACAAAUGCGUAUCCAUGCUGAAGUAUCCCGAGCACGCCAUGAACGAAGACACAGUGAUGUCUCGUUGGCAAACACUGAACUGGAGGAGUCCCGGAUAUCUAUGCUGAGGAUGGAACGACCAUCAAGGCAAAGAUCUAUAUCUGAGCGCAGAGCUGCCAUGGAAAACCAACGUUCAUAUUCUGUGGAAAGAACUCGAGAGGCUCAGGGACCAAGUCCCAAUCGUCAGAGGACAACAAAUCAUAGCCCUCCAACACCUAGGAGGAGUCCAAUUCCUCUCGAUAGGCCAGACAUGAGGCGCACUGAUUCAUUAAGGAAACAGCACCAUUUGGAUCCCAGUUCUGCCGUACGGAAAACUAAACGUGAAAAAAUGGAAACCAUGUUAAGGAAUGAUUCACUCAGCUCAGAUCAAUCUGAGUCAGUCAGGCCUCCACCACCAAAGCCACACAAAACAAAAAAGGGAGGUAAAAUGCGUCAGGUUUCAUUGAGCAGCUCAGAAGAAGAAUUGGCUUCUACUCCCGAAUAUACGAGCUGUGAUGAUGUAGAGAUUGAAAGUGAAAGUGUUAGUGAAAAAGGGGACAGUCAAAGGGGAAAAAGAAAAACUAGUGAGCAGGCAGUUUUGUCGGAUUCUAACACCUUAUCUGAGAGACAAAAGAAAAUGGUGUGCUUUGGCGGCCACUCUUUGGAAGAGGACUUGGAAUGGUCUGAGCCUCAAGUUAAAGACUCUGGGGUAGAUACGUGUAGUAGCACAACUCUAAAUGAGGAGCAUAGCCAUAGCGAGAAGCAUCCUGUGACCUGGCAACCUUCCAAAGAUGGAGACCGUCUAAUUGGACGGAUUUUAUUAAAUAAACGACUAAAAGAUGGAAGCGUGCCUAGAGACUCGGGAGCACUGCUUGGACUGAAGGUUGUAGGAGGAAAGAUGACUGAAACUGGUCGGCUGUGUGCAUUUAUCACCAAAGUAAAAAAAGGAAGUUUAGCUGAUACAGUGGGACAUCUUAGACCAGGUGAUGAAGUGUUGGAAUGGAAUGGAAGGCUAUUGCAAGGAGCCACCUUUGAGGAGGUAUAUAACAUCAUUUUAGAAUCUAAGCCUGAGCCACAAGUGGAGCUUGUCGUUUCAAGGCCGAUUGGGGAUAUUCCCAGAAUACCUGACAGUACACAUGCACAACUGGAGUCCAGUUCUAGUUCAUUUGAAUCUCAAAAAAUGGACCGACCAUCUAUUUCAGUGACUUCUCCCAUGAGUCCUGGCAUGUUGAGGGAUGUUCCACAGUUCUUGUCUGGACAACUUUCAAGCCAAAGCCUUAGUAGAAGAACAACGCCUUUUGUUCCUAGGGUUCAGAUAAAGCUGUGGUAUGACAAGGUUGGUCAUCAGUUGAUAGUCACAAUAUUGGGAGCAAAGGAUCUUCCUUCAAGGGAAGAUGGGAGGCCAAGGAAUCCUUAUGUUAAAAUUUACUUUCUUCCAGACAGAAGUGAUAAAAACAAAAGAAGAACAAAAACAGUAAAGAAAACAUUGGAACCCAAAUGGAACCAAACAUUCAUUUAUUCUCCAGUUCAUCGGAGAGAAUUUCGAGAACGAAUGUUGGAGAUUACACUUUGGGACCAAGCACGAGUUCGUGAGGAAGAAAGUGAAUUUUUAGGAGAGAUUCUUAUUGAGCUAGAGACAGCACUAUUAGACGAUGAACCUCACUGGUACAAACUUCAGACACAUGAUGUUUCCUCAUUGCCACUUCCCCAUCCCUCGCCAUAUUUGCCACGCAGACAGCUACAUGGUGAAAGCCCUACACGGAGGUUACAAAAUAAAGGCUUAUAUUCAUAUAAUUCAGGGUCCAAAAGAAUCAGUGAUAGUGAAGUCUCUGACUAUGACUGUGAUGAUGGAAUUGGUGUAGUUUCAGAUUACCGACAUAAUGGAAGAGAUCUUCAGAGUUCAACGUUAUCAGUGCCAGAACAAGUGAUGUCAUCCAAUCACUGCUCUCGGUCAGGGUCCCCUCACCGUACAGAUAGUAUAGGACGGACUAGAUCUUGGUCUCCCAGUGUCCCUCCUCCACAAAGUAGGAAUGUGGAACAGGGACCUCGAGGGACUCGAUCUACUGCUGCACAUUAUAAUACCAUGAACCGAAUGGAUAGACAUCGUGCAAUAGAUGACCACUACUCCCCAGACAGAGAGAGGAAUUGUGAAGCACCAGAUAGACAGCCAUAUCAAAGAUCCAGAUCAACAGAACAGCGUCCUGUGCUAGAGCGGACCAACUCCCGCUCCCGAUCCACAGAGCGUCCUGACUCAAACCUCAUGAGGUCGAUGCCUUCAUUAAUGACUGGAAGAUCUGCCCCUCCUUCACCUGCCUUAUCGAGGUCACAUCCUCGAACUGGGUCAGUCCAAACAAGCCCAUCAAGUACUCCAGUAGCAGGAAGAAGGGGCAGGCAGUUACCACAGCUCCCACCAAAGGGGACAUUGGAAAGAAACAAUGGAGACAAGGAGAUAGAACCUUAUGAAGAAGAAAAGAAAGCAGAUCCAGAGAAUGGGAAUGCAGGUGGUAUGGAUGUAGAAGAAAGAAAUCGUCAAAUGAAAAUAAGCAAGUACAAACAGGCAGCAGGAUCAGACUCCAGGCUGGAGCAAGAUUAUCAUUCUAAGUAUCGGUCAGGACGGGAUCCUCAGCGAGGCUCAGACAAUAUUUCCAAUAAGUCUUCAGACAGUGAUGUCAGUGAUGUGUCAGCUGUAUCAAGGACAAGCAGCGCUUCUCGUUUCAGCAGCACAAGCUACAUGUCUGUCCAAUCAGAACGACUGAGAGGGAACAAGAAAAUAAGUGUCUUUACAUCCAAAAUGCAAAGCAGACAGAUGGGCACCUCAGGAAAGAACAUGACUAAGAGCACCAGCAUCGGCGGGGACAUGUACACGCUAGAGAAGAAUGAUGGCAGCCAGUCUGACACAGCAGUGGGCACUGUGGGCACCAGUGGCAAAAAACGACGCUCCAGCAUCGGCGCAAAGAUGGUAGCGAUUGUGGGUCUGUCACGAAAAAGCCGCAGCACUUCUCAACUCAGCCAAACUGAAGCCGGUGGUAAGAAGCUGCGGAGCACUGUCCAAAGAAGCACAGAGACUGGGCUGGCUGUGGAAAUGAGAAACUGGAUGACACGUCAGGCCAGCCGGGAAUCUACAGAUGGCAGCAUGAACAGCUACAGUUCUGAGGGAAAUCUGAUUUUCCCAGGUGUGCGGUUGGCCUCUGACAGCCAGUUCAGUGAUUUUCUAGAUGGACUUGGCCCUGCCCAGCUAGUAGGACGCCAAACGCUGGCAACACCAUCUAUGGGUGAUAUCCAGGUUGGAAUGAUGGACAAAAAAGGACAGUUGGAGGUAGAAAUAAUACGAGCCCGUGGCCUUGUUGUAAAACCAGGUUCAAAGACACUGCCAGCACCAUAUGUAAAGGUGUAUCUAUUAGAAAAUGGAGCCUGCAUAGCCAAAAAGAAAACAAAGGUAGCAAGAAAAACGCUUGAACCUCUUUAUCAGCAACUUUUGUCAUUUGAAGACAGUCCCCAAGGAAAAGUUUUACAGAUAAUUGUUUGGGGAGACUAUGGACGUAUGGAUCACAAAUCUUUUAUGGGAGUGGCACAGAUACUUUUAGAUGAACUGGACUUGUCAAAUAUGGUGAUUGGAUGGUUCAAACUUUUCCCCCCUUCCUCCUUAGUAGAUCCAACUUUGGCUCCUCUGACUAGAAGAGCUUCCCAGUCAUCUCUUGAAAGUUCAACAGGACCUUCUUAUGCUCGCUCAUAGCAGCUGUGAAACUGUUGUCAUAGCAACCAGCGUUACAAAAAAAAAUUACAGGUCGCAAACCCUGGUAACACUGCAUGCUUAAUGUUGUGUCUUCUGAGCCUGUUUCUAGGGCUACCAAGCGAUCCUGUGUUCUCAGAGGAAGUUGCACACAUUGUGCACUAAGGAAGGCCCUCAGGUGAAAGAGUGGAGCUGUAAAGAACUAACAGGUUUGGAGUUCAGUGACACUUAAAUUUUGGUCCAAUCUGAAGCCAUGGAUUAAACUAAAAGAAUCAAUGUGUUUCAUGCAACAAAAGUCCUUUUCAAUGGCAUAUCUAUUUUGUUGCUCCCUUUUAACUGCCCCCCCCCAAGCCUGGUUAUGCCACAGAAAUGGAGCUACACCCCUUCCCCAUGAAGCCAUGUUACAAGUGAGUGGAAUAGUAGAUGUCAGAAGAACAACAGAAGAAUGUAAGACCAUCGAAAAAGAAAAGUCAGCUGUCAUAUGGAACAAAGACCAGAGAAAACUCUUCGUACUAGAAUGUUUUAAAAGUUAUAGUGGCAGGCUUCAUAACUCCAGCCAUCGCUACAGUGAAACCCCAGAUAUGAUGGACUCUCUGAAAAAUAAAAUUCUUUGGAUAUACUGUACUGUAUGAAAUUAAAGAAACUUUUUUGCAUGGACACAGAUUUAGCUGAACACUUAAAUUAUUUUCUUGGGGCUGCAACUUGCAAAAAAAGAAUAAAUCAGCCAUUUUCAACAAUUUAUAUUAUUUUUAAAAGUAAAUUUCACUAGUGCAUGGUUUUAAAGGGGAGAGAAUGCAACAGGGUGAUACAACGACACCAUGUUUAUCAUUCUUUAAACCAAUCAUGAUCUGUGUUUUUGCAGACAUAUAUUAAAAAUAAAAGAUGAUAAUUUCUAGCUAAUAUUUAAAAUUCUGUUUAUGUGACAAGAAAUAAGUGUAAUAUAUUAAAUUUAUUUAAAUGUAAAAGGUACAAGCCUUGUAAAGUUCAACAUUAUGUGCAAAUUGUACACUUCUUCCUCCUUUCUCUCUCUUCUGAAUCUUCCUUUGACUCUUUUUCCCCCUCUUAUUUUCCAGGAUGAUCCAUUAUAUCCUAAAACUGCUACCUUUUGACUUAUUACUUUCUUAUGCCCCAUAUUUGGUUCAGGGUUGCAGAUUGUUUUGCAUUUCUGAAUUCUUGGACAAAAAUAUUGUUUAAGAGCUUACUUUUUUCAAGCAUGUUGAAAAGGAUUUUGCAACAUGGCUUGGGAGUUCGUUAAAGUAAUUCAGCAUGUAUUUGAUAAAGAAGAUAUUUGAACUUUUUGCAAUUAAUUGUACAGUGCAUGGUAACUUAUUUUCAUUUUUUUCUCACCUUCAAAUUAAAUUCUGCAGCAAAAUACUGGAAUCAUGUGGCCAUUGUAAGAUGUCUUCAAUAAAUUUGUUUUCAGCACCAGCAUCAUUCAUUCAAGGGUUGAACUAUAAUUUCUUGAAGGUUUUGGAGAGAGAAAAAAAAUGAACCAAAUGUUUGAUUUUUAGGAACUAAAUUUCAGCGGUUUCAUUUGCACUGAGCCAAACAAAUUGCUACAUAUUUGGAGUCAUGAUAACCAACAAAGGUUAUUAAUUCUUCAUAAUUCUUCUGCUGUAAAGUUCAGUUUUUCAUGUUCUAUAUUUGUGAUGGCAACAAUGUAAUUAGUGAACAUCGGUCUGCCAUAAAAAUGUCACUUUGAUUUGUAAUUGCCUUAAAGAAAGUAGAACAGUUAUUUGACACCAUCACCACAAGCCUAAUGCAAAGUCAACAGAUUAUAAAAUACCUGUCUCCAUGUAGUAGGCAUUUACUACCAUUGGGUGGUGCUGCAAGUCUAGAUUGCUCAUUCAUUUCUCAUAUUUAAAGGGAAGGUAACUGGCUAAUAUUUAAUGAUAAACUUUCUCUCUCUUUCUGGGUCUUUAUAUGCCUUUAAUACAUAAUUAUUGUUUAAUGGUGAAAACUUGCAAUAAUUUUAGAAAUACACAUUGCAUUUAACUUUAAAUUAAGGCCAUGCACACAGAAUUAUUCUGAUUUUCUUUGAAAAGCUAUUAAUGGUGCCCAUCAGAAAACUGUCCAUGUUUCAUAAAAGUAACAGUAUCACUUUAUAUGCCUUUUCCUUUAUGUGGUGCAAUAUGAUACACAUCAAGACUAUGUCUUGUCAUUCUGAGAUUAUAUGAUGGAGGAAUGUUAAGUUAAUGAACAGACCGGUAAAACUAUGUUUAUUGAAAUAAUUUAGACACCUGUGUAUCAGCAACAAAUAAAUGCUAAAGACAUACAGUCUACAAUAUCCCCCAGAAUUAAAAAAAAGUACAAAACUGUUUUCCUAAUACUAUCAGAUGCAGUCACACAUUCUUUUAUGCAUAUUCCUCUAUAAAUUAUUUCUAAUUUUGAAAAGGAGGACAUGACCAUAUGGAAGGAUUGUACAUACUUGCAUUAUGCAGUAUUUAUUUUAAAAUUUAAUGUAAUUUUUUUUAAUUUUCACACAUCUGCAACUCUACUUAUGAUUUAGUCAUGUAAAUAGCACUAUUCCAGUGAUCACUGCUGUCUUGUACAUAGUACGUUUUAAAAGUUAAAGGGAAUUAUAGUUGGGAAAAAGGGGCAGAUUAGGCCUGUAAUGAACACCAACUAAUGUAAAUCAAAUUCAUUCUGGUGAUGGUAUUUAACACUUUAAAUAAAACAUUUUCUUUACAGAA